GGGGCAGAGCAUUUGGGGGAAGGCCUGUGAAUUAGAGGAAAUGAGAGCAAGCCAGCUGGGCUUCACAGCGGGUGAGUGAGUGGGCGAGGAACGCUGGCGAGGCCAUGUAGAGCCUCGAAAGUCAUGGGAAGUGAGGGAACAGAAUUACUAUCCAGCCAACAAAGGACGGAGACACCUUCAUCCCGUCAGAAAACGGGGGAAUUAACACAGAGGAGGGUCUUGGGAUGCAGAGUCUCAAUGUCCUGUCCACAAGAUGGCAAUGGUCACCAUGACCUCUGGGACGCUUAUGAAGGCCAAAGGCGAUGACGAAGCACAGGGGAGGCGCCGGGCGGGCGCAUCUUCAGGGCUGGGGCUCCGCGCGCCCGGGGGCAGCCCAGCUCGCCGGAACCCGAGCCGCGUCUGCCUCCGAGCCGCGCGGGGGCGCUGUGGCCCGGCGGCGGCCCGGGGCGCUGCGUGGUCGCGGUAGGGGCGGAGGGGACCGCGGGGAGGGAGGCGGGAAGAGCGCGGCACUUCCGCUGGCUGCUGGCUCGCUGGCCGCUCCUGGAGGCGGCGGAGGGAGCGCAGUGGGCGCGCGGCCCGGGGACUCGCAUUCCCCGGUCCCCCUCCACCCCACGCGGCCUGGACUAUGGACGCCAGGUGGUGGGCAGUGGUGGUGCUGGCUGCGUUCCCCUCCCUAGGGGCGGGUGGGGAGACUCCCGAAGGCCCUCCGGAGUCAUGGACCCAGCUAUGGUUCUUCCGAUUUUUGGUGAAUGCUGCUGGCUAUGCCAGCUUUAUGGUACCUGGCUACCUCCUGGUGCAGUACUUCAGGCGGAAGAACUACCUGGAGACCGGUAGGGGCCUCUGCUUUCCCCUGGUGAAAGCUUGUGUCUUUGGCAAUGAGCCCAAGGCCUCUGAUGAGGUUCCCCUGGCGCCCCGAACAGAGGCGGCAGAGACCACCCCGAUGUGGCAGGCCCUGAAGCUGCUCUUCUGUGCCACAGGACUCCAGGUGUCUUACCUGACUUGGGGUGUGCUGCAGGAAAGAGUGAUGACCCGUAGCUAUGGGGCCACAGCCACAUCACCGGGUGAGCGCUUUACAGACUCGCAGUUCCUGGUGCUAAUGAACCGAGUGCUGGCACUGAUUGUGGCUGGCCUCUCCUGUGUCCUCUGCAAGCAGCCCCGGCAUGGGGCACCCAUGUACCGGUACUCCUUUGCGAGUCUGUCCAAUGUGCUUAGCAGCUGGUGCCAAUACGAAGCUCUUAAGUUCGUCAGCUUCCCCACCCAGGUGCUGGCCAAGGCCUCUAAGGUGAUCCCUGUCAUGCUGAUGGGAAAGCUUGUGUCUCGGCGCAGCUACGAACACUGGGAGUACCUGACAGCCACCCUCAUCUCCAUCGGGGUCAGCAUGUUUCUGCUAUCCAGCGGACCAGAGCCCCGCAGCUCUCCGGCCACCACACUCUCAGGCCUCAUCUUACUGGCAGGUUAUAUUGCUUUUGACAGCUUCACCUCAAACUGGCAGGAUGCCCUAUUUGCCUAUAAGAUGUCAUCGGUGCAGAUGAUGUUUGGGGUCAAUUUCUUCUCCUGCCUCUUCACAGUAGGCUCACUGCUAGAACAGGGGGCCCUCCUGGAGGGAACCCGCUUCAUGGGGCGACACAGUGAGUUUGCUGCCCAUGCCCUGCUACUCUCCAUCUGCUCUGCAUGUGGCCAGCUCUUCAUCUUUUACACCAUUGGGCAGUUCGGGGCUGCUGUCUUCACCAUCAUCAUGACCCUCCGCCAAGCCUUUGCCAUCCUUCUUUCCUGCCUUCUCUAUGGCCACACUGUCACUGUGGUGGGAGGGCUGGGAGUGGCUGUGGUCUUUGCUGCCCUCCUGCUCAGAGUCUACGCGCGGGGCCGUCUAAAGCAACGGGGAAAGAAGGCUGUGCCUGUUGAGUCUCCUGUGCAGAAGGUUUGAGGGUGGAGAGGGCCUGAGGGGUGAAGUGAGAUAGUCUUCUCACCAUUCUCUCCUGUAACCCGAGAGAGCUGGCUCAAAGGGCAAAAUGCAGGUGUUUUCUCAGUAUCAUAGACCAGCUCUGCAGCAGGGGGUGGGGAGCCCACGAGGCAGCCUUCCCUUUUGCCUUAAGUCACCCAUCUUCCAGCAGGCAGUUUAUUCUGAGCCGCAGGGUAGAGACAGUCCUCAGUGAGGGGGAGUUUGGGGUCAAGAGGGCAUAGGUAGGUUCCACAGUUACCCCUCCCAGAAGUUUCCUUAAGUCUUGCCCUAGCUGUGCUCUGCUGCCUUCCAGACUCCCUCCUCUCUGCAAAUACCUGCGUUUCUUACCCUGGUGAGAAAAGCACAAGCGGUGUAGGCUCCAAUGCUGCUUUCCCAGGAGGGUGAAGUGAAGAUGGUGCUGUGUUGUGGAAAGGGGAUGCAGACCCUGCCCAGCACCACCACCUCCUAUGCUCCUGGAUCCCUAGGCUCUACUCCAUGAGCCUGUUGUAGGUUUUGGUACUUUAGAAAUGUAACUUUUUGCUCUUAUAAUUUUAUUUUAUUAAAUUAAAUUACUGCAA